AUGUGUUAUGCUGAUGAUGAUAAUUUCAUUUGUUGAGGUCAAAACAGUAUCUAUGUGAUAGGGAAUUUAGACAAGGUGGCAUAUGAUGGAUAAUCACUACAUUGAUAACAAUGCUUAUAAAUUUUUUUUUUAAAUCUCCAAAAAGGGAAAUACGAAAACUUAGAGAUACGCCAGCUAUAUCAUAUACUGCGAAGGUUCUGACUUCAGUAUUUAAUAACCAUAGAUUAUAGGAAUCUGGAGAAAAAAAUAUUGUAAAAGAAUAAUUAAAAAUUCUCUCAAUCACCGUUUCUUCAAUGUCCAAUACUAGCGACAGAGGCGGCAACCAAUUGGAGCACCGGAAUUACACUUGUAAUGAAUGUGACAUCAUCAUUACUAUCCUCUCUUCUUCUACUUCUCCUUCUCCAUACUGCCCCUUAUGCAAUCUAGUUUCUACCUUUUCUUCUUCAACCCCUUUUGAAGUUGGUCUUGAUGAUCAUGAAAACGAAGACGACGAGGAACUGAUUCCAACCGUUGAGAUCUCAUCUUCAACGUUGUGUUGCUCUUCCUCAGACGACUCUACUUUACCAUGCGCCAUAUGCAGAGAUGAUUUCGUGAUUGGAGAAUCUGCUCGGAGAUUACCUUGCGACCAUUUAUACCAUAAUGAUUGCAUUACUCCUUGGCUCACUAGUCAUAAUACGUGCCCUCUCUGUCGGUUCGAGCUACCGGGUGCAUCUAGUGGAGACGACAGUGGUUUGACCAUGUGGUUCGAUGCGUUGGCGUUAGAGGAUGACUUGGAAGAAGAUAUGGGAACCGUCACGCUCGAUUUGUACCAAAGUUUGGACGGCUAGAAUUGUAUGGAUUAAUGGAAUGUACGUUUUAGAACAUUUUCAAAUCUAUAUAGUAAUAUAGAAUUACUUUGGUCUAAUAUAUACUUCCAAAUCUAUAUGGAUUUACCUUGUCUUAAACGAAUAUUCAUAUAUUUAUAAAAUAAAAAAAAUAUUUUCUUUGGCAUC